AUGUCUACCACAGCCCAAACCACCACCUCAAACCCAUCUCCCAAAGUCUGGUUCAUAACCGGCUGCUCCUCCGGCUUCGGCUCCACCAUCGCAACCCUCGCCCUCGCCCGCGGCGACACCGUAAUAGCCACCGCCCGCAACCCCUCCAAACUAACACACCUCUCCACCCUCGGCGCCACCACCCUCGCACUAGACGUGACAUCCCCAGAGCCAGUCAUCACCUCCAUCAUCUCAACCGCCAUCGCCAAACACCACCGCAUCGACAUCCUCGUCAACAACGCCGGCGCCGUGCUCGAAGGCGCCAUAGAAGAGACCUCCGACGCUGAAGCCAAGGCGAGUUUCGCCGUGAAUGUAUUCGGCACUCUGGCUGUGACGAGAGCUGUCUUGCCGUACAUGCGGGAAGCGAGAUCUGGUGUGAUCGCUGGGCUGGGAAGUGUAGGCGGUUGGCAUGGGAGUGUAGGGUGUGGAGUGUAUUGCUCUACGAAGUGGGCGUUGGCGGGGAUCUUUGAUGCGUUGAAGCGGGAGGUGGAGCAUUUGGGGAUUGAGGUGACCUUGAUUGAGCCGGGGUAUUUUAGGACGGAUUUGCUGGCGGCGGGGAAUAAGGUCGUGGCGGCGAGGGUGAUUGAUGAUCUUAAGCCGGUGAUGGAGCCGUUGAGGAGGGCGUUCGAGGAUUAUAACCAUAAUCAGCCUGGGGACCCGGUGAAGGGGAGUCAGUUGAUUGUGGAGGCUUUGACGCAUUCGGGGCGGUGUGAGGGGAAGACGUUGCCGUGGAGGUUGGGAAUGGGGAGUGACUAUGUGGCCACUGUUGAAGGAAUCCUGGAAGCUGAGAAAAAAGGGUUGGAGGAAUGGAAGGAGUUGAGUCUGAGUACUGAUUUUUGA